GUACUUUUUACUGAUACUCUAAUAGGAACAAUAACCGAUCUAGAAAGUUUCAGUUUUUUGAUCUAACACUCACUUAGUCUACAAUCAUCCAUCACGCAGUAAUAGGAGAAUUUCAUAAAGUUUUCAUUUUAAUGCAUCAAGAUGAAAGUCCAAACAAUCACUGAGUAUCAGCAUGAAACAUCUACCACCGAGUAUGAAACGCCUACCACUUUAGAUUAUUAUUAUGGUGAAAGUGACAUCUGUAUCAAGAAGAAUUCCAUCCAGUUUGCGACAGCCGUCACUCCGGUCAUUUUCCUCAUCAUCGUUCUGUUCAGUUGCGUGGGAAACACUCUGGUGGUGUGGGUCCUUGUGAAGUACGAAAACCUCAGAUCCCUCACCAACACAUUUCUGUUAAAUCUGGCUCUCUCUGAUCUGAUUUUCACCUUUGGCCUGCCCUUCUGGGCCUACUACUACAUGUAUGGCUGGACUCUGGGAGAUCCUGCAUGCAAAGCAGUUAACUUUGUCUUCUACACGGGAUAUUACAGCAGCAUCAUCUUCCUGACGGUUCUCACCGUCCACCGUUACAUGGCCGUGGUUCAUCCCAUGUCGGUGGUCAUGUCAAGGAAGAGCCUGCACUGCUACGUGACAUCAAUUCUCAUCUGGAUCAUCAGUCUUUGUGCUGCCAUCCCGCAAGCCAAGUUCAACUCGGUUGAGAAACACCACACUGAUAAUUUCGUGCAUGCUCAAAACAACCACACCGAUGUGAUUCAGCUCUGUGAUUUUGUGGGCGAGAUUAACUGGAAAUUGGCGACGACGUACAUGCAAAACUCCUUUUUCGUUACAGCUUUCGUGAUCAUCGCGUUUUGCUACACUGUUAUCUUGGGACGGCUGCUCCGGCCAACAUCUCACACUCGCAGAAAGACGGUGCAGCUCAUCCUCUUCAUUGUGGUGUUUUUUUUCUUGGGGUGGGGGCCGUACAACGUGGCAAUAUUUCUGGACUCUCUGAUUGCAUGGGAAAUCUCUCCUUUUAAUGACUGCGAGCUGAGUGAAUCGAUAGACUAUUGGAUGUACGUCUCUCAGAUGGUGGCUUUCUCACACUGCUGCCUGAACCCUGUGUUUUACGUUUUUAUGGGGAUAAAAUUCAGAAACCACUUGAAGAAAAUGUUAUGGACUUACUGCAGGAACAACACAGAGCCUCAGAAUCGAAACAGCAGGCUUAUUUACUCCAACGGUGAAGAAAUAUCUAUGUAUUAGGUCUCUGCACUUAAAAAAGGCUGGAUUUUCAUUAAAAUUAAUGCAAUGUUUCAGUGUCUACGCAAUAAACUGAUAAAUGAAAGUGCAUGUAAAUAGCCAAAAAAAAUCUGUUGCAAUCUUACAUUAUGUUGUUAUAUACAUUUACUGCUAAAUUGAUUUGCAUGUAUAUUUGCUUUCUUUUACACAUUCAUAAUUCAUGCUACAAAUGAUGUGUUAGUAGCGAACCUGUUAGUCAUUUACUGCAUUCGUUUACUUUUUUAAUAACAAUGACCUGUUAUUCGUGACUUUAUAUUAAUCUUUAAUAACAUAAAUAGACAGAGAGUCACAAUGUAUGCAAUGAUUAGGUUCAAAAGUAAGAUUCAUUUGUAAAUAAAGCAAGUAUUUUUGGA